AGACAAUGAUAUGGGUCAAGGUUGCGAAAUAGUUUGAUUUAACAUCAUUUUAAUGGCAGGUUGCUGUCAGUGUGCUAAACCCCGUUAUAAACGGUUUGUGGACAAUAUCUACCCAAAGGAUCCAGCGGAUGGACUCGUUAACGCGAACAUGGGUAAAUUGCAGUAUUAUGCUCUGCAAAGUUCUCCCAGUCAGUUAGAUAAAAUAGGGCGCUACAUUCUUCAAAAAGUGGAACGCGAUCUUCAGAGAGGCGAAAGGCGUGAAAUGUAUAUCUUCCUCUCCAUGGAUGCAUUAGACCAGCUGUUAAAUGCGUGCCAUUCGCGUGCUCUCAAUCUUUUCGUUUCUUCCUUCAUGAGCAUCAUUGAAAUUCUACUGGAGGAGGGCUCUGUACCGCUCAAGUCAAGGGCUACAAAAUCCUUCAUUCAGUUUUGCAAUAUACAAGAAGAUAGUCCUUCACAGCAGAGAUAUGGUUUCUUCAUCGAGAUUUUUUCGACGCUCAGUCACACGGAUCCAAAGGGCAUCGAUCACAAAUCAGUCGAGAGUCGAGUAGCGGGACUUCAGGGCCUGCAGGGUAUAGUGCGGAAGACGGCGGAGGAGGACUUUGCCCGCUUCCAGCUGUACGAGAGGUCAAAUCUCAGCAAAAUCUUGCCUGCCCUCUUGAUGAAUAUCGAGAAGGGCGAGUGGGAGAGUGCCAACAGAGACACAUCAAGAGACACGCCUGGAAAUGCGCGUUCAUCUAACGUGCAUCAAAGAGAAUCAAGUAUCGGCGGAGAUGAAAAGAGUCGACUGUUUGACGAGUCGGACAGCGGGAGUGAGACGACGCCUCAAGUGCUAGCCGAGAGGUGUUUCCGAGAACUGUUCCAGCGAGUGAAGUUCGGCAGCACCCAACUCACCCAAGUCUUCUACCCCAUGUUGAAUUACUUGGACGAGAACGGAUGGGAGAACAGUAGAUUUGUGGCCAAGUGUAUAUCAUUGGUAAUGUCUUCAAUCAGUCCACAGUACGCGUUUGACGCCAUCACUCUAUGGUUAAACCACAUCUCUGAAAAGAAACAUGAGCGCGCAAUUGAGUUCCCCAAGAUAGAAAUUGUGCAGCAACUGAAAGACUCUGUCAAUAUUGCAGCUUCACAAACCUUUGGAACCUCAAUCUACGAAGUGAUAGAUAAACUGGUUCAGUAUCUGAAGCUAUCAAUCGAAAGCGAGACGAAGCUAAAGCGGGAGUCAUCCAAGCAUAUCAGCCAGAAAAUCGAGAUUGCAGCUGAUGCCAAAGCCGAAGUGAGUGGAUCCAACAUCAAGACUGAACAAUUGUACCAGGAAGCGUUGAUUGAUGUUAUGGGAAAUAUAACAGUGAAUGUGGCAGAUUACCAGAAACUGGAGAUCAUCAAGUUCCUCUUUGAAAAGUGUCCAGGAAGACCAGGAGUGGUAGCAGGUGUCAAUACAGUUCCUGGGACUCCUUAUAGACAAGCGAAGUCCUCGAACAACUCACAUGCUUCCGAGGAGACCACUUCAGUUCUGUCGGAGACUGAGCGAAGGAUGCAGAACUACUUGCUCAAGUGCAUCGAGAGCGUAGCGUUGCUCUACACUACUAUCAACUAUUCGGAUACGUUCAAAGCUGGAAUCAUCACUCCACUUAUACAGUUGAGUGUGAGUCCCGAUCAUGACGUACGUAUUCUGGUUCUGGGAAUCAUUCAAAGACUUCUUGACCGCCAUGACAACCGAGAAAAGGUCAUGAAGAUGGACCUCCUUCCGGACUUGGAGAACAUCCGGAGCAAGGGGUUCCGAUCUCCCAAGAACAGAUCGGACCAGAACUUCAUGAGUGGAACUGGCCAUUCGUUUUUCCAUGCCAUUUACUGCAACUGCUUCAGUGAGUCAAACUCACGAGAGAACUACGAUGCCAUCUAUUGUACUCUGGCGCUCCUCAUCGUCGAAGUGGGGUACGAUGAGAAUACUCUGCUUGAGAUCUUCAAACUGCUCCUGGCGAUCCAAGAGGAAAUCAGAGACAGAACCAGUGGUGCUAUCAAAGGUUCUUUGACUACUUUGGAAGAGAAGAGCCAACAGCUGACGUUCCAAACGGACCACCCGAAAGGGACUUUGACAGACGAGCAAGGCAUGUUUUUGAAUGCGUUUGUAGCUUGUAUCUUCAACUUGAUUGCCAAACUGUUCGGACAUACGUACAAAAAUCUGGACGAAUAUAUCUCGGGGGUGCUGUAUUACAUGUCGGUGCACAACAAGCCACUAAUGGAAGCUCAAACUGCUGCAAAGCUCAACUACCAACUCAAUUAUUCGUUGGCGUGUGAUAAUGCUCUGGCUUACAGGAUCAUAGCCAAACAACCAGAAUUGUCAUACAUGGAUCAAGAGAGAGCACGGUCCAAGAGCAAUUUGACCGAGUACAACUUCCAAGAAAACGAGCUGGAAAGUUCUCUCAGCAAAGAUGGCUUCAGUGCUAACUUCACCAAAUUUGUACCAAAGAACAAAGUGGACUUGUUGAGACGCAACAGUAUGGACGCUGCCAAUAUCAGUAUGGGCAACACACACAGAGGAAGCAUAGUGGGAGAGGUGAACUUGGAGUUGGACUCUGACGCAGGAUCCAUUACAUCUCUUCCCAGGGGGGUAGCGGGGGGCAACUUUGGCUCGGAAGUGAGCGACAUACUCGACAUCCAGAAGAUCAAAAUCAUCCUGAAUGAGGGUCUGAGUUGGGAAGAGAAGGCGGAGGAAGACAGCAAGCGAAGGCAGUUCAAACAGGACUACGCAGAGCGACCCAUCAGAGAACUGGCAGAAAACAUGGCCAAAGAGAAUCGGGAGCGAAUCAACAAAAGGAAAGAAAUCAGGGACAAAAUCGACUUCUACAGCCAGCCGAGACGGUCAUCCAAUUUCCCUCUGGACGCCCUGGACAAAAGUGUCAAGUUCAACCAGCCGAGUGCUGACCAAGCAGACGCCACUGCAGGAAAAGCACACGGAUUCUCAUCCUCAACAGCUGAAGACAUUCAGUUCCCACAGGGAUUCCUAAUUUAAUCGGAGAACAAGAAUGUUCACAGCAGCGACAGUCGCAUGUCAUAAGUUUGGAUCCGAGCUUAUGUUAUAAAAUCAUCAUUUCUCAUGAGUGCUUAGUUUUUAUUUAACAAAGUAUAGUUUCAAAAACUUGGUAUCUAUAUUAAGAAGUGAAAAUUUUUGGCUAGGUUUUGUUGCAGCUAAAUUUUUGUCAGC